UUCUCGAUUCUGAAUCCAUCUCAAAUUCUCUCCGAUCUCUUCUGGGUCCUGACACCCACUGGCCCAUUUCCUCACCCGCCGGAGUCACCCCGCGCGCCAGAGUUAGCGCAGUCGCAGCCGCAGCCGCCACACCCCGAGUCCGCCCUUCCGCCACCGCGACAAGCUCCGUCGCCUCCUCUCCUCCCGGUCCAACCCCCGGCGCCUUUUCUCCAAUCGGGGCGAGCUCGACGACCAGAGCCGCCACCCCCGUCGCUUCCGUCUUGGAACGGGACGAGCCGGCGCCGCCUUGCUGCCUCCUCUCCUUCCUAAGUCCAGGACUGCAGCGACCGAGGCGAGCCGACUACAUCAUCCUCCUCCCGAUUGAAGGCGGCGGGGGCGACUGGAGCGUGCACCGCGACCUGCAAACCUUACAUUUGGUGUUGGCGGCUAAGAAUCCUCCCUCUAUGGAGGCUUUGAUGAUAUCCGCACGCUGUGGGCAUAUGACACUCAAAGAUGUUAUGGCGGUCGUUGACAAAGAGGGGAAGAGUGUAGUCGCCAGUUUUCGUGAUCACAGAAAGCGAACGGUUCUGCACUAUGCCGCUGCAAAAGGGGAAGCAAAUAUCUGCUCAUAUCUCAUCAAUGAAAUUGGCAUUGAUGUGAAUGCUUUUUAUGGCGAAGGUCAAACACCAUUGAAGAAAGCUACAGAGAAAAGUAACAUGGAAACUAUUGAAUGCUUGCUUAAUCAUGGGGCCGAUCCAUGUGUUUUAAAUCUUGGACCUACUAUAUUGUGUAAGGCUGCGAGGAUUGGAAGCCUAAGAAUAAUGAAGCUACUACUUGAUAAGGGAGUUAAUAUUGAUGCGAAAAGCUAUGAGGGUAUUACUGCACUUGUGUGUGCUGCUAAUGCUGGCCAGAGCGGUGCAGUCAAGUUCCUUGUAGAACAUGGUGCUAAGGUGCAGCCACAAGAAGAGUUUAAUUCCAGUCAUGAAGUCACACCCUUAUCUUAUGCUGUCUCCUCUGGUUCCAUUGAAUGUUUUGAUCAUUUAAUAAAGGCCGGUGCAGAUCCUAAGUUAAUCCAGAAUCCUCUACACAUUGCUGCUUCUAGUGGGAGUGUCAAACUGGUCGCUUGGUUUCUACAAUUUGGAGCUGACCCAGAUUCUUGUGAUUGUGUCGAUGGAUUGAAACCCAUACAAGUUGCUGCACAGCGUAAUUAUGUUGAUGUUGUUGAGUUACUUUUCCCAUGUACCAGAAGAAUUUCAGGUGUUCUGAACUGGUCAGUGGCCGGUAUCAUCGAGACUUUUGUUGAGAACAAGACAAAAGACGUUACUCAUAAGGAAGCCAUUUCGAGAAGAAUUUCAUCGACUAAGAUGAAUGUGAGUAUUUUGUCAGAUGAAGAAAUAAACCUUAAAAUCAAGGCAAUGGUACCGAAAGAAGAGUACCAGUUCUUUUCCAAAUGGUCAGCUACAAAGAAACGGUUAUUUUAUGAGUCUACGUUGUACGGACUGCCAGAACCAAAGCGAAUUUUCAAUUAUGAUGUUGGAACUAUAACGAGUAGUGUCAUUUUUGACACAACAAGUGCUAGUCCCACAAAGGUGCAGGCGAGUUAUCUCAGAGCUAUAAGUGUUUAUCGACUUUGGCACUUUGCGAGGUCCGAUGCUGUUUAUGAACUUGGUCCUGGUGGCAAUAAAAUCACUGUUUCGAGAGAAGAUGGGACGUUUGUUUUCUGGUUCAGGUAUAAGAAGAAUGACGUCGGUGUGGUAAUUGAUGGCCAGAGCAUUUGGAUAGAUGGUUUCCUCCGAAGGACCUGUAAUGAUAGCGGCAGUUUUACUUAUCGUCCUCCGAUUCAUUUCUGUGCUGGCAGCUUAAAGCACACUGACAGCAAUGGUAAAGGAACCUUUGAAGAGUAUAUUAUUGCCUCUGAUUUGAUGUUAUCGGAUUUAGGUGGUCAAUACAGUGGUAGUGUGUCACAGCUAAAACUAGAAGUACACGCGGUGCGUGGUGCUGUCGUUGCUAUUAGUAAUCACAAAGAGAACAUGUCUUUUAGGAGCACCUGCCAUAAUGCUUCGGAUAUGCUCAUUCUGUAUUCAACGGAGGCUGGAAAGAACAACUGGAUAUUUCAAUACACUAUGAAGUCCUUGGAGAGAAAACAGGUGGAGGUACCUAUUUCAGUACCUUGUUGUUUGGAUGGUACGGUCACAAAUCACAGACAGGUAUCCCAUAGUGCUCUGAAUGCCCUUGACACAAUAGCUCAAAAAACAUCAGUGGAUGCUUCUGCUGCUCCUGAUGCCAACCCUGUUGCUGCUUCAACUGUUAGUACUGCUGUUGCUGCUGCUGCUGCUGCUGCUGAUACCUUUGUUGCUUCUAAUGACAAUAUUGUUGCUGCUACCACUGUUAAUGCUGCUGCUGCUGCUGCUGCUGCUGCUGCUGAUGUUGCUGCUGCUGUUGCUGCUGCUGAUGAUGAUGAGCAAGAGGAGGGGAAUGAGGAGGAGGAGAAAGAAGAUGGAGGUCCUGCUGCUGCUGCUGCUGCCUAUUACGGCGAUGAUGAGAAGGAGAAGGAGAAAGAGGAGGGGCUGGAGGAGGAAGAGGGUGGAACCAAUUCAGGCAGCAUUUUGACUGGUCCUGCUGAUGUUAACGGUGAUGCCGUUGAGGGGAAGGUGGACGAGGAGGGGCUGGAGCAGGAAGGGGGUGGAACUAAUUCAUGCAGCAUUGUGAUGGGUCCUGCUGAAGAUGAUGAUGUUGAGGAGGACAAGUUGAAGAGGCGGGAGGAGGAGAAGAGGCGGGAGGAGGAAGAGAAGGCAUACAAGACUGUGACUGGUGUACCGUUUCGCAAAUUAUCCCAGUGCCUUGAUGCUUAUGUAGUGUUGCGAAGAAGAAAAGUGGUCAAAACCAGGUUCUUUCUUCCGAACAAGAAAUCUGAGUUCAUGAAUCAGGAAACUGAUGCUAUAAUGAAGGAAAAUGAUGAAAGUGAUAAGCACUUUAAAGAGAGAGUACUCGCAGCAAAUCUCAGAAGAGGAACACUUUUCACUGUAGAAGAGCAUAGCGGCAUAGGAAAGCACAGAGGCAGAUUGUGGCCCAUGCCACCAAGGCCAUGCUCCAAAAAGAAGGGCACGAAAAUUCGGUGGUUUUAUUUAGCUGAGCCUGAGUAGGAUAGAUAAGUAAUCUUUGAAGAAUUUGUGGGGGUGCUAUGGUCGGCAAAGAGCAAAGGGAAGCAUGGCAUGCUAGCCGGUCUACCAUUAUUAGAAGAGAUGCAACUACAGGGGGCCCUGCAUGUGUUCUAUUCGUUCUACACUUUCAUUUCCCCCCCUUUUAGCAUUUGUUGAAUUUUUAGUACGCCUGGUGGGGCUCGUGUCUUCUUUUUUGUGGUUUCAGAAUAACUACAUGCAACAAAAUUGCUAGCGUGACAUCCCUCAGUGAGCGCUUGUGCUCAAAACUUGAUAUGACUCAUUGCUAUUUGUUGCAGGAAGGAAUUGUUCUGGAAAGUUUGUGGGAGGUACUCUAA